AUGAUAGAAGGAAUUAGGGGUUACAUGAUGGAUAGGGUGAUGAUUAAACACAAGAUUCUCAUGGACACUACUGAUGAACUUUGUCCUAGAAUUAGGAAACGAUUGGAGAAGGACAAAGAGUUUGCUAGUUUGUGUGUGUCUAGACAAUCUUUACAUGAUAAGUGUGAAGUGAAGAUGGGUGGUGAAGGGUAUAUUGUGGAUCUGAGUGCAAAAGAAUGCACGUGUGGGUACUGGCAGCUCAGUGGAAUCCCCUGUUGUCAUGCUAUUUCUGCGAUCAGCCACCUAAGGAAAGAUCCAGAUGAUUUUGUUCAUCCUCUUUACCGAGCAAUGCACGUGUCUGAGGGUUACAAGGUAGGGAUUCCUUGUCUUGAUGGUAGACAAGCGUGGCCAACUGCUCAAGGGUAUGAAGUCCACCCUCCUAAGGCUAGAGCAUUGCCUGGGCGCCCUAAGAAAACAGAAAAAAGUGAAGGCCACAACGCAAGAUCUUGCAAAGCACCUCCUGCUGCCCGAGAAGAAAGGGUAAACAAUUCCUCUCAAAGGGGGAAGAGAGAUGCUGUCCAAGAAGCGGAUGUGGAUGUGAGGUCCAAACGUGCCAAACACUGCUCCAAGUGUGGACGACCAGAUCACAAUAUGAGGACAUGUCCAUUGAAUAGGGGUCUAGGGAUACAGGACGUGAGAUUGAAUGUUGGAGAUCGAGCUAUGAUUGACAGGGAAAUACGUCGUGCAGCUGCUGGCGUGGGUGUGUAUGUCGAUGAGAACACGGGGAACCAAUAUGUUAGGAUGAAUGGUGACCGUGGCCGCCCUCAUGAAGAGCAACCAACAGUUCCUUUAGCCCAAGCUUCUGUGGUGGACUUACAUGGAAGCCAACCACCACCAACUCAGCCUUAG